AUGACAAGGUCACGUAAAGAUCUAAAGCAAUCAUCAUCUACAGUACGAAAUGAUCCAAACAAUACAUUAAAUUUUAACAAACCAAUAAUUAGCAGUAUAAAACUGUCUAUAAGUAACAAAGAAUUAUUAAAAAGACUUACUUUAUUACAUGAAGAAUUAUCAGUAAUGGAAGAUGAGAAUUUAGAUAUAAGUUCAUUAAAUCAAGUAAGAAAAGAUCUAAUUAAUAAUAAAUUACUUAAUAAUUCAAGUAUCGGAGUUCAAGCUUUCGUAUGUUGUUCUAUUGCGGAUAUAUUAAGGUUGUAUGCACCAAAUGCUCCAUAUUCAGAAGAAGAAUUAUCAACAAUAUUCAAAUCAUUUUUUAAACAAUUUUCAAGGAUAGCAGAUGGUAAAGGUAAAGAUGACAAAGCUCAAUUUUAUAUCCAAUAUGUUUAUCUUUUAAAGAGAUUAGCUGAAACUAAAUCAUCUAUUUUAAUUAUUGAUUUACCAGAUUCUCAAGCUUUAAUUGAAUUAUUAUUUGAAACUUUUUAUAAUAUAGCAACAAAAGAAUCAUUUCCACAAGAAUUAGAAACAUUAGUCACUGAUAUAUUAUCUGAAAUGAUAUCUGAAUCUGAAAUAGUUCCUCAUAAAAUUAUAAAACUAAUAUUGGAUAAAUUUACAAAUCAUGAAUCAAACAACCUAAAUAAUACAACUAGUCCAGAAUUUAAUUUUUCAUUAUCUAUUUGUGAAAACAAUGUUGAUAGAAUGACAAGAUUAGUAGCUCAACAUUUUUCAGAAAUUUUAUAUCAUAAUUCAAAUAAAUUAGAAUUUAAUGACGAAUCUGAACCAGAGUUGAAAAAACGAAAUGAAAAUGAAUUUUUACAAGCUAUGGAAGUAUUGAAACAAAUACAUCAUUUAUCAGUUCAAUUAUGGAGAUUUAUUCCUACAAUUUUAUCUUCUGUAAUGGCAUUAAUUGAUGAUGAAUUAAAUGCAAGUGAUGAAAGAGUUAGAGCAUUAGCUACAAAAAGUAUUGGGGAAAUGUUAAGUUGCUCAAACUAUGGCUCAUCAGUCCCGUUACAUAAAGUUAAUUUUUUCAUAAUUCAUAAGUCAAUUUGGAAUAAUUGGUUGAAAAAAGCAUCAGACAUUUCCACCCUUGUCAGAAUUCUGUUUGUACAACAUCUACCUAAUAUAAUUGCAAAUAAUUCAUAUAUUACAUCUGAAAUUAGUUCCAUAAUAUCAAAUGAAAUUAAUAAAUGCUUACUUGAUACUGAUCCAAAAGUAAGAGAAGCUACUUGUAAUGCACUUUCCAGCGUGUCAUUCCAAAACUUGAUUAAAUUGCUUAAUAAAGAUAUUUUGCAAACUUUAUUUCAAUUAAUUCGUGAAAAACAUAAGAAUAUAAGAAUAACGUCCAUCAAUUUAUUGGCAUCAAUAUACAAUAACUAUAUUAAAGAAACUGAUGAUGCUUCAAUUGAUAAAACUACAAGUGAAAUAAUAAUCGAAAUUCCAAAUCAAAUUUUAUCUUUGAUAUAUAUAAAUGAUAAGAAUAUCACAGCAUUGGUUGACAUGGUAUUAUUUGAAAAAUUAGUUCCCAUAACUGAAACUAAUGCGGUUAAACGUGUCAAUAAUUUACUUUGCUUCUACAGUUCAUUAAAUGAUAAAGGUAAAGAAGCUUUUGUUGCUAUCAACAAAAGACAAAUUCAAAUGUCUAAAGUCAUCAAAAGUUUUAUGGAAAUUGCGGAUGAAUCUUACAGAGCAAAUUCAUUAGAUAAAGAAAAUAAUCCACCAUCAGGAGAAACUAUUAAAACAAAUCUGGCGAAAGUCGAAAAAAUCAUAAACUGGUUUUGCAAUUCGUUCCCUGAUGAUAAUAAUACAUAUCAAUGUUUUGAAAGGUUGUUUCAACUUAAUAGAGCAAGAUUUUUUCAUUUGAUUACAAAUUGCAUUUCAGCAGAUUCAGAUAUUCAAUCCAUUAACAGUUCAAGUAAAGAAUUGUUUGCUAAACUUUCAGAUGCAAAAAAUAUAAGAUUAGAUGAUAAAUUAGGGGUUAGUACAACUGAUAUGGUUUACAAUGCAAAAUUAUUAAUCUUUAGAGGCUCACCAAUUUUUUACAAUAAAUCAAAUAUCGAGCAAUUAAUAUCAUAUUCAAAAAAUCCAAAACAUGCUUUCAAUGCAGUUGCCAAUGAAUUACUAGAACAAAUUUCAAUUUCAAACCCAGAGGUAUUUAAAACCAAUGUUAGAUCAUUGAUGGAAUUGUGUAUGGAAGAAAAUAUAACAACCAAAUCAGGACCAUUAAAAACAAUCUAUCAUUUUGUAAAGAAAUUUCCAGAAUUGUACCCACAAGAAUUAAUGUUCACGGAAUCAUUGAAAAAUUUUGCAGUUGACGGAAAUUCUGAUGAAGCUAAAUAUGCUAUGAAAUUGAUUGGUUUUAGUCCAAGAAAAGAAGAUUCAAUUGACUCUAUUAUAUCACGAAUUUAUCCUUUGGAUGUGGAAAAUGAGAAAUUUGCAACUCAUUUAAGCUCAAUUGCAGAAUUAUUUUUAGUGGAUAAGUUUUCGGUAAUGGAUAAAGAAUCAGAUACUACUCCAUAUUUAAUCAAGAAUGUUUUACUUCAAAAUCUUGAAAAUGAUAAAGAUGAAAAGUUCAAAGUUUUAGUGAUUAGAUUGUUUAUUAAUAUUUUAAAAGCUCAUGAAACAAGUGAUGACGCUAAAGAGAAAGCUGGUCCCGUUAUAAAACUUUUAAUCUCAAUCAUUGGAAAUAAAGGUGAAAUUGUUAAUGAUACCAAUUCAACUUGGCCAACACCAGAAAGUUACAAAGAAAAAUUAAGAUUAGUUUCUGGUUUAUAUUUAUUAAAACUUGCCAAAUUACCAGUUUAUAAUGAAACUAUACUUUCACCUACUUUAAGAAAAUUAUGUUUUCUACUAAUUGACGAGAAACAAUCAAUCAGAUCACAAUUUUCAAAGAAAUUGAAAGCAUAUCUUGCAAAUGAAUCAAUUUCAGAAAAAUACAUGUCCUUGGUCUUCUUUAGUGCAACAGAACAAGAUCAAGAUUUUAAAAACAAAAAUACAAUGUGGAUUAAAUCUAUGUUUAAAAGAUCAGAGUUGAAAAAGGACUUGAAAUUCGAAAAAUCGUUGGUAAGGUUGAUCCAUAACAUCACACAUCAUGAAAAAUUUAUAAGUUUAAUGGGAGACUACUCAGAUGAAAUGAAAAAAUGCGAAGCUUAUGAAUUUGCAUCAACUUUUGUAAUUUAUUAUGUUCAAUUAAUUGCAAAUUCUGAUAAUAUUUCAUUACUUUAUUAUUUGGCAAGUAGAAUUAAACAAUAUAGAGAUGCAUCAAUAUCAAGUUUAGAAUAUGAAAAAGAUCCAAAACCAGAAAAUAUUUUCAAUUUGUAUAGAAUAUCAGAACUAGCUCAAUUAAUUUUAAAAUUAUUUAGUGAUUUAAAAAAUUGGUCAAUACAAACUUGGACUGAGAAAUUGAAAUUACCUCAAGAAAUAUAUGCACCAAUGGCUAAUGCAGAAGAGGCUCAAUCUAUAGUUUCAACUAUUUUCAUUCCAGAAUCGAUUCAAGGAAGAAUGAUAAACAACUUGAAGAAGUCAUUAUCUACUGAUUCAAAAAGAAAAAUCAAUGAUACUGGUAUUGCAAGCGGAAAUAGAACUAAACGUCAAAAGACCUCAAAACCCAAAGCCAAAAAAGUUACAUUUGCUAGAUCUAAAACAAGUGCAAAACCAAAAGCUAACAAAAUUAAAGAAGUUGUUGAACCAACUAGAAGAAGUAAUAGAGUUGCUCAAAAAGUAGAUUACAAAAAUCAAUUAUCCUCGUCUGAAGACGAAGCAGAACAAGGAGAAGAACAAGAAGAAGAAGAAGAAGAAGAAGAAGAAAAUAGUGAUAGCGAUUUUGAAUAA